CAACAGCUCACAUGUAUGGUUGUAUAAAAAAACACAUACUUCAUUCUCUCAACGUUAUCCUUGAACAUAACAACACUCACAAACUCCACUCUCUGUGUCACAAUGGCAAAAGACAUUGAAGCCGAACCUCAAGGUGGUGUACCACACAAGGACUACCAUGACCCACCACCAGCUCCACUCUUUGACACCGCUGAACUUGGUCAGUGGUCUUUCUACAGAGCCCUCAUCGCAGAGUUCGUCGCCACUCUCCUCUUCCUCUAUGUCACCGUUUUAACCGUCAUUGGCUACAACGCUCAAACUGAUCCAGCUCAUAAUGGCACCAACUGUGACGGUGUCGGCAUCCUCGGCAUCGCUUGGGCCUUUGGUGGCAUGAUCUUUGUUCUUGUCUACUGCACUGCCGGCAUAUCUGGAGGACACAUAAAUCCGGCGGUGACAUUUGGGCUAUUUCUGGCGAGGAAGGUGUCAUUGAUUAGAGCUGUAUUAUACAUGGUAGCUCAGUGUUUAGGAGCAAUAUGUGGUGUUGGACUGGUUAAGGCUUUUCAGAAAGGUUACUAUAAUAGGUACAAAGGUGGUGCUAACAUGUUAAGUGCUGGUUAUAGCAAAGGAACUGGGUUAGGUGCUGAAAUAAUUGGAACCUUUGUUCUUGUUUACACCGUGUUCUCUGCCACAGAUCCCAAAAGAAAUGCUAGAGACUCUCAUGUUCCAGUUUUGGCACCACUUCCAAUUGGGUUUGCAGUGUUUAUGGUUCACCUUGCUACUAUUCCUAUCACUGGAACUGGUAUUAACCCUGCUAGAAGCUUUGGAGCUGCUGUGAUUUACAACAAUGAGAAAGCAUGGGAUGACCAAUGGAUCUUCUGGGUUGGACCCUUUAUUGGUGCUGCCAUUGCUGCAAUCUACCACCAGUUUGUGUUGAGAGCACAAGCUGCAAAGGCUUUGGGUUCUUUCAGGAGCUCUUCAAAUCUGUAAUGGAAUUUCCUGCAAGUUGCCAAGUAACAUAGGCUUGAAUAAUUAAUUGUAUGGUUAGACAUAUCCUCAUCAUUAUGUAUCGACAUUGUUUAAUUAAUUGAUUUAUGUACUUUAAUUUUUGUGUUAAAUUUGAUUUCAUUUCUUGGUAAAUUUGAAUAAGGAUGGAUGUUGUUGAGAAUUGAA